AUGGCCCGCGCAGUUCACUUUAAAGAAGCUAAGAACGCUGCCACGUCCCUCGCAGAGUGCUUUGCGGAUGAUCGAAUAGCCCGGUACUACCUCCAGGUAUCUGAUUACAAUCGCCCACUUACACCAGAAGAGGAGAAAUUGAAUCUUCGCAUAUACAAAUGCCUCACCGCUGCCCAUUGUUAUGAUGGCCUUGUCAUUACUGCCGGCCCGUGCUAUGACUCUGUUGGUCUUUGGCUGCCACCUGGUUGCGACUGGACCUGGAAAACAUACUGGAGGAGUGGUUUAUGGCUGCUCUGGCUGCGACUUGGAAGGGAAGGCAGAGCGAGAUUCUUUGGUUCGUGGGAUACACUGGAAAAGAGCAUGACCAGUACAAUGGGGACGCGAGCUUCCGUCACUUGGGUAUUGACCGACUUGGGUACGAGAGAACCUUCCCGAGGCAAGGGCUAUGCCACUAAAGUGAUGGAGUAUGGACUUGCCUUGGUGCGUAUCUAUCCAUCCUCGUAG